AUGAAGUAAGGUAAAUAAAAUCGUUAUACAAAUAGGUUAAGAAUUUAAUGUUUCUCAUAAAUCAGAAUUUACAGUAUGGAAAAAUAUUUAUGUAAGAAUUUCAGAUUUUGGAUAUUAAAGAUAAUUGUUAUGGGUUAUUUAUUUACAAUCGAAAACCUUUUUUUUUGAAUUAUUUUUUUUUACAGACUUAAAAAUGAUGAUAGUAAAUGUUUGGGAUAUUCAAUUGAUUCGGCAAAAUGUAGAUUAUGAUUUUAGAAAAUCCAAAAAGGUGUCAAAUAACGAUUCUCUAAAGAAUAAGAUUUGAAAGUGAUAGAGUAAAUUUUUGUGGAAAGGAUCGAGGUUAUAUGUAAAUUAAGAGCCUUUUAAGAUUAUGAAUAUCUGAAUUAGAUAUAAAAUUUUAUACAUCAAAAUAUUUUAAUCACUCAUUAAUAAUCAUAAACCAUGGGGUGUCUGGAAUCAAAAAAAAGAAAUAGAAUUGUGGCUAUGUAAACUAUGAACAAAGAUUAAGUAUUCACAUCAACAGCUGAUAUCCAUCAAUUAUAUAACUUUGGGAAAGUCCUUGGGGUUGGCUCAUUUGGGAAAGUAUUAUUAGCAAAAAUGAAACAGAACUCUGAAAAACAAUACGCGAUUAAAGUAAUUGAUAAAAGGAGAGUUAAAGGUAAGGAGGCAUUACUUGCUAAUGAAAUCUUUGUCUUACAAUAGCUUGAUCAUCCAAAUAUUAUCAAAUUUUAUGAAGUUUAUUAGAGUCCUUUAUAUUUCUAUAUUUGUAUGGAUUAUUGUUAAGGGGGUGAACUUGUUGAGAGAAUAGCCAAAUAAUAAUCAACUCUUUCUGAAGGUUAAGUCUAGGCCAUCAUACAAAAGGUAUUGAGUUUUUCAUUUAUAGAUUUGUUCAGCCAUUGUUUACAUUCAUGAUUUAGGUUUGGUACAUCGAGAUAUCAAGCCUGAGAACAUUAUGUUUAGCGAAAAGGAUGUAUAUUCAGAACCAAAGCUGAUUGAUUUUGGCUUGGCAAAUAAGUACGACACUACUCACAUUAAGUAUUUGAAUCAAGAAUAUUCUAAGACGAUUGAAAACAUUUGUUGGAACUCCCUUAUACUUACCUCCUGAAGUAAUUGAUGGUGAAUAUGAUGAAAAAUGUGAUGUAUGGAGUUUAGGGGUUAUGCUAUUUAGUUUGUUAUGUGGUUAUCCACCUUUCUAUGGUAAAAACAGAGCCUAAUUAUAUGAAAACAUCAAAACACAAACUGUAAUUUGAAUAAUUAUUAUUAUAGCUUAUAUUCGAUAGGCGUCAUUGGAGGAAUAUUAGUGAAUAGGUUAAGGAUUUAAUAUAAAAGAUGCUUAUGAAAACUCCUAAAAAGAGAUUGUCUGCCAGAGAAUGUCUCAAACAUCCUUGGUUCGAAAUGCAAUUUUAGAACAUAAAAGUAAAUAGAGAAAAGAGUUAAUAACAAUUAAUAUAGACUCAUGAGGAUAAUAGAACUAUUUAUUAAAUGCUUAAAAUGUUUAGAGGANUGUUUGGGAUAUUCAAUUGA